CAAAUGACUCAACAGAAGAAAAAUACAUCCCAGUGCACUUUGCGACUCCAUACUACUUGCUUGCUUGUUGGGAAGUGACCUUCCUCCUCAUCCAACACAGACUGAAAGAUGGCUGGACGUGUGUUUGCAAACUGGUGGGCCAAGAUGAGCCCUUACUACACCCAGGCCUACCAGGAGAUGUGGGUGGGUGUCGGUAUCAUGACAUAUCUGUACUACAAAGUCUCUUAUGGGGGAAAGAAAGCUGUCCAAGCCAAGCCUGCUCACUGAGUUCUUCAACAUGCUGGGCCUCCAUCCUCCUUCCCAUGUGAAAAGACUCCCCUGCUAACGUGCUGUAAUGUCUAUUUGUAUGUAAUAAAAUAUCCUUUGGGAUAAAUUAA